GAGCGGGCGGCCGCGGAGGCUGCACCCGGCGGGGCGCUGAUGCGGCGCCUGGACCUUCGCUGCGCGGCUUCGGGGGCGUCGGCCGAGCGGGCACUCCGCGAUGCAGCUCCUGAAGGCGCUCUGGGCACUCGCAGGGGCCGCGCUCUGCUGCUUCCUCGUCCUGGUGAUCCACGCGCAGUUCCUCAAAGAAGGUCAGCUGGCCGCCGGCACCUGUGAGAUUGUGACCCUGGACCGGGACAGCAGUCAGCCGCGGAGGACAAUCGCCCGGCAGACAGCUCGCUGCGCAUGCAGAAAGGGGCAGAUUGCGGGGACCACGAGGGCGCGGCCCGCCUGCGUGGACGCACGCAUCAUCAGAACCAAGCAGUGGUGUGACAUGCUCCCCUGCCUGGAGGGGGAGGGCUGCGACCUGCUCAUCAACCGGUCCGGCUGGACGUGCACACAGCCCGGAGGGCGGAUAAAGACCACCACGGUCUCCUGACACACGCAGCCCCUGCAGGCCCGGCAGCGGUCUCAGCUCCCCGGAGAGCCCACACCUCGGCCAAGGUCCCCGUCCUCCGCGGAUGUCGCCGUUCUCCACGCCUGCCUGCUGGCCCCUACGGCCUGUGCCUGACAGCCUCAUUCCUGGCACCCAGCGCCCGGGUCUCUCCGGCCGAACCCAGGAGGCAAGGACUUGGACACACAGGUGAGGGCAGCCCAGGGCAUCAGCAAUCCGAGGCCCGUGGCGGCCGGCUUUCUGCAGCGGUUGUGCUGACUUCGGAGCAGGAGGACGAGGACGAGGACCCGGAGGAAGCUGCGCCCAGCCGGCAGAGCCUCGACACAGCCCAGGCGUGUCUGGCACCGGGGCCGCCUCUCCUUGGGCCCCAGACUGUCUGAAUUGCUUUUAUUUUCUUAUACUUUCAGUAUACUCAAUAGACCAAAGAGCAAAAUCUAUUUUAACGUGGACGCGCCCUUACUGUCAGAGUCCUGGGGCGGGCACGGGCGGGAGGGCGCGGGCAGAGGCGGCGUUGGAGAGGAGAGGGUGCCCACAGCCGAUGCCCCCGCCCCACAAAGCAGCACCGCGCCCAGGAGGAUGGCGAGGCCGGGAGGACAGCGCCGUGGCGACCCUGCGGGACCCAGCGGGGACACGGCCAGCGACAGCCACCACUCGGACCCCCAGGGACACAGACCCGCUCCUCCUCCGUGCUUAGACCGACUUGAUCGUACUAAAAUCACUGUCUGUUUUAACCAGUUAAACACGCCUCUUCUACAGCUCCAUUUUUGAUAGUUGGAUAAUCCAGUAUUCGCCAAGAGCAUGUUGGUCUCCCGUGACUGCUGUCUCAUCCGAUACGCCAUUUAGCACCAGAAAGCAAAUUAAAGGAACCUGAAGUAACACUUGUUUGAAAGAGAUCAUUAAAUGUAUUUUGCAAAGCCUAAAGUUAUAUAUUUAACAGUUUUUAUAUGUUGUAUAUUUGUAGAAAAUCCUAUUUAACCAUUAAUUGGCAGCCCUGGCCACCCGCAGCUUUGGGGCCGGGCCCUGCUGUCUCCAGAGACUCUGUGGAGUGGGCCGCGUGGGACCCACGGGCCAGGCGGCAGGGGCAGGGCUUGGGAGAGCCGCUGAGGACCACACCACAUGUGCGUCCUUUCGGGGUCCCGGCCGGUGCCCAGGAGACCGGGUCUCUUUCCGCUUCAGUUCGGGGUGGUGGCGUGCGCGCCUUGGUCUGUGUGUCGGGAAGCCCUGCGUGGUCACGCCUCCUCUGACAGGUUCUCGAUCCUUCCUUCGCCACUCAUAGGUCUCGAGGCCCAUGUGUAGCCCGUUCCUCUGGGCUCUCCCGUCAGCCCAGAGUCCUCGGUGUCUGCGUCGGACGCCACAGAAGCAAGGUGGGCGGAGGCACGGGGGCCCGAGACACCAUCCUCCCACGUGCCCCUGCCAGGCGGGGACUGACUGCGGGGCUGGCCGAGGGCAAGGGGCAGGGAUGUGUUUCCGCCCCUGCCGACAGUCCUGGCUUCCUUUCCUUCAUUUUCCUGACUUCCGCUGAAGUAUACUACCUACGAGUCCAAUUAACACGAGUAUUAUGCUAGAUCUAUGCUAAUAAAAAAGUAAGAAGAACCAUAUAACUGCAGUAUAUAGAUGCUGUCCCAGCACCCAUAGGCUAAAGAUGGAAAGCCCGCCCACCCAAGGCCUGGCCCCACAGCUGCGGCCCUGCCUCUUACCAGUGACCACUCGGCAAGGGGACCCGCGCUGGACAGAAGGGCGGAGGGGUGGGUCUCACCGCAGAGGAGAGGGCCCAAAGCACACUGCCCGCUGCGCCCCGCUCCGCCAGCCGGGCUUGCUCCUGCUCCGGGCCAGGAUGCCAGGGCCCCUCACGCCCACCGGCCGGGGUCUCCACCACCUCCCCCUUGGUUCUUCUGAAAGCGAGUGUAGACACACACCCUUGGGGGCAGAGCCCGGGAGAUUUAAGAUGUGACAGCAUAUUUUUUUUCCUUGUUUUACAGUAUUCAAAUUUGUGUUGAUUCAGCUAAAUUAUGAAAAUAAAGAAAAAAGUCCUUUGGUAA